AUGUUUUUAAUCAUAUCAAUAGAAUCUAACAAUGUUAAACUAUAUAAAAAAUUCAAGGUUGAAUUAUUAACGGAUGAAGAAAUCGAAGAAGCACGUCUACAAACCAAAGAAAUGUUUAAAUUUGGUUUUGAUAAUUAUAAAAAAUAUGCUUAUCCUUUAGAUGAAUUAAAUCCCAUUUAUUGUUCUGGUAGAGGCCCUGAUUACAAAAAUCCAAAUAAUUUAAAUAUUAAUGAUGUAUUAGGAAAUUAUUCUUUGACAUUAAUAGAUUCAUUAACAACACUAGCCGUAUUAGAUGAACGUGAUGAAUUUUAUGCUUCAGUUGAAAAGGUAUUUGAAGCAACAAUAAGAAUUAUUGGUUCACUUUUAUCAACACAUCUUCUUUUAACAGGAGAAAAUAGUUAUAUGGGUAAUUGGAAGAUGGAUGGGUAUAAUAAUAGUCUUCUUUUAAUGGCAAAAGACUUGGCUGAUAGAUUAAAACCAGCAUUUUACAAUACUAAUACUGGAAUUUCAUAUCCAAGAGUUAAUUUAAUUAAUGGUGUUCUUAAAAAUACUAUUGAAGAAGCAAAUACAGCUGGUGCUACAUCAUUAAUUGUUGAAUUUGGAAUGCUUUCAAAAUUAUUAAAUGAUAAAUCAUAUGAAAUGUUAGCUCGUCGUAAUUUAAGAGAAAUUUGGAAUAGAAGAGAUAAUAAUACAGGUCUUACUGGGAAUACAAUAAAUAUAAUGGAUGGAAAAUGGCUUGGAAAAAUGCAUGGACUUGGAGCUGAAGAAGAAGAUAUUCUUAUUUUUAAAAUUGCAAAAGAAAGUAUAUCAACAUUUAUUAGAAAAGGAAGAGAAAAAUGUUUUUCGGGUUCAGGUGAAGCUCCAAUGUUUGUAAAUGUAGAUAUGAGAGAUGGAAGUAUUAUUAAUACAUGGAUUGAUGCUUUACAAGCUAGUUAUGCUGGAGUAUUGGUAUUAAAUGGUGAGGUAGAAGAAGCUGUAUGUCAACAUGCACUUUAUUAUGCAAUAUGGAAAAAAUAUGAUAUGGUCCCAGAGAGAUUCAAUUGGAAUACAAGUUACCCUGAUGUUGCAUUUUAUCUUUUACGCCCAGAAUUUAUUGAAUCAACAUACCUAUUGUAUCAAGCAACAAAAAAUCCAUUUUAUUUAUCUGUUGGUAGAGAUAUUUUAGAUUCAUUAAAUUUAUAUACAAGAGUUGCCUGUGGUUUUGCUAGUGUACAUAAUGUUUUUUAUAAAACAUUAGAAGAUCGAAUGGAAAGUUUUUUUUUAGCUGAAACUUUAAAAUAUCUUUAUUUGUUAUUUGAUAGAGAUAAUCUUGUAAACAGGAAUGCAGAAAAGUUAAUAUUUACCACGGAAGGACAUAUUCUUCCAGUUUUACAAAAAUAUCAGAAAUCUAAUGUUAAUUUAGAAAAUAAUUUUGAUAAUCAUAUGUGUCAGGUAAAUCAAAUAAACUUAUUUGAGGAUUCAUUACCAAUGCCUAAAGAAAAAAUGUUUGAAUAUUUUGAUAUUGUUGGAUUAUAA